UUUUGCAAGGACUCAUUUAUAAUUCAUGUUUUAACUUUUUGACUUGCAUGAGGUUAAUAUAACCCACAGAAGACGAGAAAUAUUGCUUAAAACGCGCGACAAGAGACGCACUCAGGUGACAAGGUAAAAGUGAAUGAUGUCAUAGCCGGAGUAUAAAUAUAUACACACGAAGAAUUUCCCUCCAGACACAAUCUUGUCAGUACGACCCACACACACACCGGUGAUGAAAACACUGAAGACCAGAAUGGACAGUUGUGUCCGGUCCCGCACGGACUCGAAAUCGGAAAUGGGAGACGACAAAUGGCGACUGGUCAGCAAAAAUGGGAACUACCGAGUCCGACUGGAAAACGUGGACACGGGAAUUCUCAAAAACUAUAUCAGGGACGCCUUUACGACGUUACUGGACGCCAAAUGGCGGUGGAUUUUGUUGAUUUUUGUGAUGGGUUUUAUUCUGACCUGGACUAUAUUCGCCUGUUUUUAUCUUCUCUUUAGUUACAUUAAUGGUGACACUGUAGAUUCGUACGACCACGAUCCCUGUAUUACUAAUGUGUACGACUUUACCACGGCCUUCCUGUUUUCUGUGGAGACUCAGCAUACAAUCGGGUACGGUUCUCGAGCCUCAACCCCUCAUUGCCCUCAUGUCGUGUUCCUUGUAUUUCUUCAGUUUAUCAUCGGGAUCGGAGUACAGUGUUUGACUGCCGCCCUCGUUUUCACAAAGCUUCAGAGGUCGAAGAAGCGUGGGGAUGCUAUCAUCUUCAGUCAGCAGGCCUGUAUAGGCAUUGUUGACGGUAAAUGGCAGCUUAUGGUCCGAGUGGGUGACUUCCGGCGCUCUCAUCUCGUGGACGUGAUAGGUAAAGGAAAACUGAUCAAAAGGACCCCGAUACCCAACACUAAUCAGGAAUUUAUGGACCAGGUACCUAUCGACUUCAAAGCAGAGGGAGGUGGGGAUGUGAUGACUUUGUUAUGGCCAGCAGUUAUGUAUCACACUAUUGACGAGAACAGUCCACUAUGGCCACCCGAAAAUCUCCAUCAGUUUGGAGACUUCUCGGAGUUAAUUGUGACGAUAGAGGGCGUGAUAGAAUCUACCAGUAGGGCGAUCCAAGUUCGAACCUCGUACCUUCCGGAUGAAAUCGUUAUGGGGUAUAAAUUUCUGAGUAUAAACCCUGGUAUAGAUGACGAUGGGAAAUACCACUGUAGUUAUUUUGACAUCAGUACACUGUGUCCGAUCAUGCAGAACACCCCACGAGGGAAACGAAGGUUUGAGUACAUUAAUGAGCAAUACAUGUGAAUCUGACAGGGUAAUUAUAUUUGUUGAACAGAAAAGAAGUCCCAGUACACAACCCGACGUGUACUAAGGUCGUUAGGAUUAACGUUACUCGUUACAUUAUCUUGCGGCCAUGGUUUGACAUGUUCAGUGCUUAUAAGGCAAUUCCCGCAGAGAGUCGACAGAUUACUGAAGGACGCUUCGAACGUCUCUGUCAAAAAAUAGAUUUUUGUGUGUCCUUCCUCUAGCGGAACGGAAAUCGAGCUUUGACUGGACUUAAAGAAUUACCUCAAAAUAAGAUCUAAUGAUGUAUCGAGCUAGCACGAGAUGUACGACCAAUCAUCGCGUCGUAUUGCUGUCGCAACAAAACAGUGUCUGACAUGUCUUCCUGUUAGCCAAGUGUUACUGUGUUUUAUUUAUGCAAUAUGUCUAGCAUAUUAUCACUUCAUUCCUGUCUAGUUACAAUUUUUGUUAAAGUUUGUGAAGAAUGGAUUUGAUAUGAUAAAGAUAU